AUGGAUCGCCUGCCGCAGGAGAUUACUGCUAAUAUAAUCUCCCAGUUCGCAGGGGACGGCCGCAACCACGGCUGCAACCACGGCUGCAAAGACGGCUGCAACUACGGCAACGACGAUGGUAGCGACGACCGCCCCGCCCUUGCCCCGUACGCCACCGUGUCGCGCGCGUGGCAGCAGCGCAUCGAGGCCAUAACCUUUGCCCACAUCACGCUCAACCCAGCACGCCUGGCAUCGCCCCUCACAGCGCAGGCCCUGACACCCGACCGUGUGCGUCGCUUCGUCCACUCUAUCUAUGUCGACGUGAUUCUGCCGCCGUACGACGAGGAGGCGCGGGGCCGGGUUGAGGAUGACGCUGAGAGGGCUGGUAACGACGCUGCAUUCACCGAUGCUGUCCGGAAGGUUUUCGCUUUGCUUUCGACGCCCGCGUCAGCUUCAGCUGUGCCUAGGGAUGCUAAUAACAACGAUUAUGGCGGCGACAGCGGUUAUCGCCCUCGUAUCCUCCUUUCCUUAGGCGCCCGGUGUGUUAGUGACGUCGAGGACCUGGAGGCAAGGAAAUACAGGUGCAGUGUUCUCAUGUUUGACAGGGCCAAGGACAUUUUCGAGCUGCGCUACGAGAGCUCGUAUCUCGACCUAAGGCUAGCAGAGGCCCUGCCUAAGCUGAAUUGCAUCUCACAGUUCUACGUCAAGGCCAGGAGAGCCCACCGGACGUUUGCACCACGGGCGCUGUGUCUUAUAGCGUCAAGGAUAUCAAGUCUAGAGAGUAUAAACUGGGAACUUUUUGACAACGAGAAGAGGGAUGCAGCACUUAGGAAAAAGUUAAGAGCAGAUUUUGCCAACGCUUUACAAAUACUGCCCUCUACCCUCCAAAACUUCAAUCUCUCCUACGAAAGACGCGAGCCCUCAGACCACUCCUUCCAAACCCCUAGCCUUCUAGAUGAAGCAGACCAGGACAACAACGACAAGCUAAGCCUUGCACUGCACAAGCUCUCCCAUCGCCUCACCAGCUUCCAUCUAGAGGCCAGCGUUGGCCCAGAGGUCCUUUGGCCGUUAGAACAUAGAGAAUUGGACAAGCAGCAGCAGAAAGGAGACGAUAGCAGCGACAGCAAUCGUCCUCUGCUCUGGCCAAACAUGCAGCAAUACUCGAUCGACCCAGGCGCCAUUGCCCCGUCAGGCGAGUGGCGCUACAUGCGACGACCAGACGCCACAGAGUAUUCGGAAGAAGACGGAGACUCGUACGUCUCAGAGACUAUUCCAGUCCCAGGCGACGAGAAAAAUGACUAUUUUCGCGAUAAACUAGACCAAGACGCCGCCAUGUCUCUGCUGCUAGCCGCUGCGCGGGCUGCGGGCCGCAUGCCAAUGCUCCACUCUAUGUUCUUUGUGCUGCACCCGCCUACUCCUGACAACGACACGCUGUAUGUCUUCUACGAUGUGAAUCGUAGUGAGUGCUUGGCUCGUGGGGGUCGAAUUGGUCCAGCAAAGCUGAAGAUCGAGACCUACCCUGUAUUUGUCCCAGACGAGGAGGUCAUGGAAGCUUGGAGGGCAGCCGCAAAGGAACAUACAGGUGCCGAGUCUGGGCUUGAGGUGAAGAUCAUAGAUAUCAUGGAGUGGAAAAUGUCUGUGCUAAGAGCGUCUGAAGCGCAGGCGUUGAUUCCAGGACGAACCUUGACACCAUGA